GGGGUGAGUCAGCGCGGGGAGGAGCUGCUGAGGGCAGGGCUGUGGAGACGCGGCUUUCGGGGUGGUGGGGAGCGUAGAUAAGGCGAGCAGAGCGGGCUCUGCUGAGGCCUUUGGUGACUCUUCCAGUGUUGGAAGGUAGCAUCUUAAGCAUCCAUUAUCAAAAUGUGGUGCUCUGUGGUAAUUCUGGGCCUGUUAGCGGUCUUCACGAGUGCCCGUAAUGUGCCCUACUUCCCUCCCCUCUCUCCUGACUUAGUGAACUAUAUCAAUAAGCUCAAUACCACAUGGAAGGCCGGACACAACUUUGCCAAUGCUGAUAUGAGUUACGUGAAGACUUUGUGUGGCACUUUCUUGCAUGGCCCCAAAUUGCCAGAAAGGUUUGAAUUUGCUGGUGAUUUGGUCUUGCCAAAAAGCUUCGACUCAAGGCAACAGUGGCCAAACUGCCCAACCAUAAGUGAAAUCAGAGACCAAGGCUCUUGUGGUUCCUGCUGGGCAUUUGGUGCAGUUGAAGCCAUGUCGGAUCGUGUUUGUGUCCAUACUAAUGGCAAAGUGAAUGUGGAAAUUUCUGCUGAAGAUCUGCUCUCUUGCUGCGGAUUUGAAUGUGGGAUGGGUUGUAAUGGAGGAUACCCUGCAGGAGCCUGGAGGUACUGGACUGAAAAGGGCUUAGUGUCUGGUGGCCUUUACGACUCACAUGUUGGAUGUAGGCCAUACUCUAUUCCACCCUGUGAACAUCACGUCAAUGGGACUCGCCCUCCGUGCACUGGAGAAGGUGGUGACACCCCUGAAUGCAUCAAAAAAUGUGAAGCUGGUUACUCUCCUUCAUACCACAAUGACAAACAUUAUGGAAUGACUUCGUAUAGCGUCCCUGGCAGUGAGAAAGAAAUAAUGGCUGAGAUUUAUAAAAACGGACCAGUGGAGGGAGCCUUUACUGUUUAUUCUGAUUUUCUCAUGUACAAAUCAGGUGUCUAUCAGCACGUCUCUGGUGAAUCAGUUGGUGGCCAUGCAAUCCGAAUUCUUGGCUGGGGCGUCGACAAUGAUACACCUUACUGGUUGAUAGCUAAUUCUUGGAACACAGACUGGGGUGAAAAUGGUCUCUUCCGAAUCCUCCGUGGGCAAGAUCACUGUGGAAUUGAGUCUGAGAUAGUAGCCGGAAUCCCUCGCACAAGCCAGUACUGGAAGCAGCUGUGAGAAUCCUGCCAGUUGAGUGGCACAUAAUCAUACUUAUGAAGCUAGAAGGCAUGGUGGCAAUCCUGUGCUUUUUUAAAUCCUUUAAUAUUUUUCUUUUUAAAAAAAAAAAAUACAAGAUGUCUCUAGCAGGCUGUCUUUGUGUCUGAAGCAUGAGGCUUUCUAAUUUUCGCUCAAUAAUUUUUCAUGUCUGGCAAGACAGUUAUUGAGAUGGAUUUGUGUUAAAUGAAAUACCUCUAAAGGAAUCAAAGUACAUUUCACCAAGAGAAGGGCACGAUUAGAAACAACCAUCUUAGGAUGUUGAAGAUGCUACUUGCAGUGGUAUUUAACUUUAUCUUCCACAUAUUGAUGGCACCAUUCAUCAGAUAGAGCAGUGUUUCCCAAACUUGACAAUUUUAAGGCAUGAGGACUUCAACUCCGAGAAUUCCACAGCCAGCAAUGCUGGGAGUUGAAGUCCACAUGCCUUAAAAUUGUCAAGUUUGGGAAACACUGAGAUAGAGUGUAGGAUCAUGUAGUCACAGGGGUGGAUUGUUGUGAGUUAAAUCCUUAGUAAAAAUUAUUGUGCAAAGUGGUAAAGCGGAUUCUCCCUCCCCCGCCCCACCACACUCACAACCACAAAAUCACUUUCAGGAAAUAGAAAAUAGACUGAAAUAGUAGCUUAUUUACUGUAUGGAUACUGAAGUCUAUGCCUAAAUUUCAAAAAAAAAAUAAAAGGAUGUCCUUAUGGUGGCAGUAGUCCUAAUUCUUCAUACAUUCUCAAUUUCAAUGUAUGCCUCAAUAGUUAGGCAUAUAUUAGAGAAGAUAAAAAGUAGAGGGAGGGUCCUUCUAAAAUUGAGCAAAUAAUCAAAACAGACAAAACUACUGAAUCUGUCAUAACUCUAUGGAUUGAAUUUCAGUUCUUUGGUGGACGUGGCUAAGUGGGAUUAUAGGACAUGAAAUUUCACUUUAAAUUGAAUUUCAGAUAAUUUCAGAAGCAGAAACAAACAAAAAAAACAUAGAUAUAAAGAGAGGCUUUAUGUGUGACUGCCAUUUAAGCUUGAUUCCUGAAAAUAUUUGGGCAAUUGCACUAAUUGGUCCUGCACAUAUGCAUGAAUUAUUUCAUUUUUUAUAAUUGCAAAAACAGAUGAGGAAACAGAUAAGCAAUAAGCAUAAAAACCAUGCAUGUAAAGGGGACUAUGAAAAUGGCUCAACUCUUAAUCAACCUCAAAUUAAGUUUGCUGUCAUUAGUCUUUCUGACUUCAAAUGGUUCUCACCUAGACAUGAUAGAACUGGAUUUGCUGUUAUGAGAAGCCUCGGUAGGCUUAAAUAGUCUCAGCAAACUAUUUAAAACAAAACAUGGGUUAUUUGAAUCCAGUCUAAAAUUGAAUCUGACCCAUAGGCUUUAUGUGAUUGGCUUCUGGCUUCAAGUACAAAGUUAUUGUUAAAUGCAGAAUAUUUUAUAUAUUUAAGACUUAUGAUCAGAAUUUCAUCAGUAUACUUCCAAUUCCUGUCUCCAAUAAAGUAUCUCUCACUUUUCUAUAA